AUGACUGUUUGGAACCAGAAAGCCCUUUUUGUCACAUCACUUAUCGUCUGUGUUCUAUCAGUUUCAGUGUUGCACAAACACUUCAAGUGUAACUUGGCCUCCGUUGUUGAUGAGCUAGUAAGACUGCAAUUUUUGUUUCUUUGCAUGGUCAUUUUGGAAAGUUAAUAUCAUGUAAUAUGUAUUGCAUCAAGAGAUUAAUGUUCACAUUUUGAAGCGCGCACGAAUGAGGUGCUCACCUCCUUAUAUAAAGAGCGUGUCUGAGAACAUCUCGCGCAUCCUUCAACCCUUCAAUGUUCGUGUCGUCCACAAACCCAUAGCCACUCUACGUUAAUAACUAACAAACGUCAAAGACAAGGACGAGCCUAAGAACAGACAGGGAGCAGUAUAUAAGAUCGAUUGCUCCAACUGCCAAGCCUCCUGCAUCGGAGAGACAGGCAGAAACCUCACAACGAGACUGACUGAAUACAAGCGGGCGACAAAGAAAAGGUGAUGUCAAUAAUCACUUUGCCAGAUAUCAUCGACUCAUGAAUCAUUCUACUGACUGGGACUCUGCGCAAUGCCUAACCUACAGCACUAACUACUUCCACCGACUGACUCUAGAAAGCUGGUCACCUAACUUAAAACAGACUCCCCUCAAGAGGUGUCAACAACUACCGACACCACACAAACGACUUAUAUGCUGACGAUGAACAAAUUCAUGUCUCGCAUAAAGAUCCAGUGAAGUUAGAAAUGAGACUUCAAUGCCAACUUCUCGAAGCUGACAAAAUUUUUUGUUUUUUUUCUUUCUUGGAGAAAUCGGCAAUGCAGCUACUCUUGUUAAUCCGAGGUAAAAUAAAGGUGAUAACAAACCGAACAGAACGACUUAACUUUACCGACAGGUCGAAGCCGCGCAACACGACCGACUCACGCCACUUGAGUCUUACAGCCAAUAACAUUACGGCAAACCUGGCCUGCAACCGGACUUAGAACAUUCGACUGACAACAAAUAUUCACUUGACUCUGAUGAUGACUUCCGCUCGGGUUGUCGAAACAUUAGUCACCAUUACCGACAACAGUCCUUUUCAGGACUACCCUCACCCGGACGAUCAGACCACAUUAUCGCACGUUACCCCCGGGUUCCAAGCAUUUACUGUAAUCGACAUAUUCCUAUUCUUCUCAAUUUUGAAAAUUCUGAGACAACAGUUUAUGUGAUUUUAUUGUUGUUACUAUUUCAGUGCUCAGCUUAUAGGGCAGGUGACGUGUCAGGUCCAUUAUGCCCAGAUCUCUGCGGCCCAAAAAACAGUAUCCAUUUUGGAAAUUGCCUCAGUACAGUGUCUGAUAAGAAGAUUUAUAACGGUGAAUGGCAGGGAAAGGAGGUUAUAUUGAAAAUUAACAUGAGUUGGUUUGAAGAGUUUGAGAAGAGGCAGAAAAUAACCGACCUUGCAGCAGUAUCAUCAUUUCAAGAAGAUGUCUCCUCCAGAGUGAAGACUUUGUUUGGCGACUGCUCUCAUUGCAACAAACUCGUAUUUCGUUUGCUGUCACUUGGUGACGGGGACGGUGAUGAGACAAUUUCAGCGUCCGAAGCAAGAACAUUUAUCUCCUUACUACAACUUGUAGAACCCAUGAUGUUAAUGGUCCUUAAUGAAAGUAAACACACAGUAGAUUUCUUUGGGUAUUGUGGUGGAUUAUACGUUGUGGAGAAAGUGUCUUUUGUUGCUUCUGACGUGUUUGGGAACACUUGGGAGUUAAUGGACCUUUCAUUGUUGCCUGAUGUAUUUGAACCGCUGCAAGAAUUACUCAAUGACUACGGCAACAGAGCUAUGAAUCUUUUUGGCUCUUCUUUGUUAAAAAUGGCUCGCAACCUUGGUUAUGCGCGUACUGUUGCAAAGUGCCCUGUCAUAGGCGCGUCUUUUCAAGUGUAUAUCAACAGCAGACGCAAAAAAUUUGACUUCGCUUAUUCGCUGUUGGACGCAACUUUAGACACAUCUAGCACUCCGUAUGGCUUGGCGCAGUCAUGUGAUGUACACUUGGGAAAUUAUGGAAUUACAACUACGUCGACGGUGAAACUCAUUGAUCUUGAUCUGAUGUACCCUCACGUUUUUCUGCGAACACUCCUGGAACAGAAGAAAUGCGUUUCUGACUGGGACUGUUUUGGAGGUCACCAUUGCUGGUCAACUUGCGACAAGACCAAAGGCACUUGUAAAACGCUUUUAGGUAUCCAGGACCUGCAUAUGGUAUGUGAGGGUGUUUUUCCUCUACUGUUUAGACAUCCCAAUUACCUGGAACCAACAGAUCACAACAUGACCCGCUUGAAAAGAGCAAUGAGAAAGCUGGCAGUCUUUUGUAGUGAGAUACCAGUGGUAUACUCAAGCGCAGAAUUGCGGAGAAACAUUCUGAUAGUUAAAAAGAGGCUGAAAUCAGUUGACAUGAUGGUCGCAAACGAAUAUUAG